AUGCACCCCUGUGGAGGGCAGGACGAAGCCGCGGCCGAGGGAGUCCUGCGGCAGGCUCCGGCCCUGGGGGGCAGCGGCGGACCCGGCAAGCCCGUUCGGUACCUGUGCGAAGUGGCCGGGGAUGGCGAGGAGGAGGCGGGGGAGGACGAGGCCGACCUGCUGGACACCUCAGACCCCCCAGGAGGAGGCGAGAGCACAGCCAGUUUGGAGGAUCUGGAGGACGAGGAGACCCACUCGGGGGGCGAGGGCGGCGGCGGCGGGGGAGCACGGAGACGGGGCAGCGGUGGCGGCGGCGGCGGCGGCCUGAGCAAGACCUGCACGUACGAGGGCUGCAGCGAGACCACGAGUCAGGUGGCCAAGCAGCGCAAGCCGUGGAUGUGCAAGAAGCACCGCAACAAGAUGUACAAGGACAAAUACAAGAAAAAGAAAAGCGACCAGGCCCUGAACUGCGGUGGGGCCACCGCGUCUGGCAGCUCAGGAAACGUCAAACUGGAGGAAAGUGCAGACAACAUACUCUCCAUUGUAAAACAAAAAACGGGAUCUUUUGGAGAUCGACCUGCAAGACCUACUCUUUUAGAACAAGUGUUAAAUCAAAAAAGACUGUCAUUACUAAGAAGUCCAGAAGUGGUACAGUUUUUACAGAAACAGCAGCAGCUAUUAAAUCAGCAAGUUUUGGAGCAAAGACAACAGCAGUUUCCAGGAACAUCAGUGUGA